AUCGUUGUUACUGCCAUCUCUAGUGUGUUGCUUCUUGUUGGUUGAAAAUACAAUUAAAAAUUGAUUCCUGAGUAUUUAAAUAUUCAGCAUCACCAGCACCACCUUGUUUAGCAAUAAAAAUCAGCGAGAAUCGCGCGGUGGCGGCAUCAAAAAUACCAAAAGAAGCACAAAAAGAAAAAUUUGCAAGGCACACUCAGCUGCGUCUGUGUGAGUGAGCGUGUGCGAGCGGAGCGCGCGUGUGCUUGUGUUUGUGUGUGCGAGUGCGAGUCUUUUUUGCCUUUGGUGCGUGCGCUGUUUUUCGAAGGGAGCCAGCCCCAUCAACAACAAAAAAAAAGGAGGAAAAUUCACGUAUCCGUAAACUUGCAAGCCGAAGCGAAGAGACCCGGGCGAAAAACAACAAACAAACAAACAAAACCAGGACCCAGUGCAGCUGCAAUGGAGAAGAGAAUAGAAUUGGAGCGACGCGCACGCAAAGCAAAUCAGAUCACAGAGCUGAAUCUGGAUAAUUGCCGGAGCACAAGCAUCGUUGGCCUUACAGAUGAAUAUACGGCCUUAGAAUCGCUGAGCUUGAUUAAUGUGGGCCUCACCACACUGAAAGGUUUCCCCAAGCUGCCCAACUUGAAGAAACUGGAGCUGUCCGACAAUCGGAUUUCGAGCGGCCUCAAUUAUCUGACCACCAGUCCCAAACUGCAAUAUUUAAACUUGUCCGGCAACAAGAUCAAGGAUCUGGAUGCCCUCAAGCCCCUGGAGGAGUUUAAGAAUCUAGAAGUGCUCGAUCUGUUUAAUAACGAUGCCACCCAGGUGGAGAAUUAUCGGGAGAAAAUCUUCAAGAUGCUCCCAUCGUUAAACUUUCUCGAUGGCUUUGAUUGCAACGACGAGGAAGUGCAGUCGGACGGCGAUGAUGAUGAUGAGGUCAAUGGCAACGAUUCCGAGGAAGAAGAUAAGCGCAGUGCCUUCUGUUUGAACGGUUUAGAAAUCGAUUUAGACGAGCUCGAGGCUCUGGAGCAGCGGGUCAAGGCGAAAAAGAGUUUGCAGGAAAAACCAGGGCAACCUCCACCUCCCCGAGCGGAGAACGAAGAUCAGGAAGUAGACGAAUUAGAUGAGUAUCUGAAAGAGUUGCAGUUGAGGGAAGCCACAGCUGCUGCUACUGCUGCCGCCGCUCCAAGCAACGAGCAAUCUGUGAUAAGGGCCACCAAUCAAAACCCACCCAUAAGCUUUGCCCUUCUUCUCUAUUGGUUCCUGGCCAUUCUCAAUCUGGCCAAUGCCAUAUAUUGUCCCGGUGACGAUGUCGACGAUGAUAGCGAUGAUAGCGACGAAGAGGAUAAUGUCGAGGUAUCCUUAUCGGAGGUGUACAAUGACGAUUUGGAGGAGGAUAACUCCGAUUGGGAGGAGGGCGAAGGUGCCGAGGAUGAUGAAGAUGAGGACUCCGAUAUUGAUGAGGCCGACGGAGAGGCAAAUGAGUCAGCGGCAUCAGUAAAUGCCAAUGACAAGGAUGGCGAGAAGGCAGAAGACGAGUCGCAAGCCCGGGGCAAGAAGAGAAAGCACGAUGGUUAAAACUCUUGAUCUGUCGCUGUAUCGUCUUUGUACGUUAUAAAUUUAAAUAUAUACACCCCACAACAACAACAACACACACAACACACAUCAUAUUUUGAUAGUAAAGGAGACCCACAAACUUGUUUCUCUAAAAUGUAAGCUAAAGAAAGUGGAGGAAAAUUAUACAAAAUCGACAAAACAAACACAAAAAGAUGAAAAGUCGGAGCAAAAUGAACGUAAUAAUCAAACAAACAAAGCAAAAGAGCAGAAAAUGAUAAGAUUAAGCGACAACAAACAACAACAACAACCAAGAGGAACCAACCAAUUACUAUAUAGCCUCAUCCCAAAACCAGAGUUCCAUUCCCGUUUGAAGCCCUUUCAUCAGUUGUAAAGUUGCUUAGCCCUAGGUUUAUCAAGUAUAUACAUUUAUGAACUGUACAAUUUGUAACCAUCUAGCGUCUCUUGCUGUCGAAUUUUUAAAGCAAAACUCUUUUAUUUGUACAACUGCUGCUUUUGUCAGACGUUUUAAUUCGCGUUAAAUCGAUUUAAAAAUAUUACUGCUAAGAACUUUGAACUAACUCUUAAGUCAUUCCUUCUUUUCAAUACGGAUAUAUAAGUUAUAAGCGAGAGCUACGCAUGGAGCGCAAUUCAAAUCACGUUUUCAUUGUUACCCACACCCACCACAAACCUCGUUUUUUCGCCCUCUUAACCAUGUUCUAUAUACUUCUCCGACAUCCGAAAAUUGCUUCACCUUAUGUACUUUUAAGAAAUUUUUUCCUUCACCACAAACCCUUGAGUUGUUUCACAUUUUCAAAAGCAGUACCAUGUUUUCAUUGAUUGUCGGGCGGCGAGUAUAUCCCAUUUUUCAUUAAAUAAAGAAAGAAAAAAAAUGUA